CCUUCUCACCGUUGUUCACCUCCUCUCUAUCCACAACCAUAGGGUUCUUGCGCUUUCUUGCCCCGUGGCUGGGGCGACAAAUUCCCAAAGCACAACUCUCAAGUCUCAUAAAAAUGACAAUACCCGAGACACAAUCAGUGUCGCAAAGCAACGGCGAAACGCAAAAUGCGCCCGCCAAUGCCAGCACAACACCGAAGACGAAACUUUUAGGGAGGGAAUUCUACAAGAGUAUAGGGAGUCCAAAGUAUAUCGUGGCACCCAUGGUGGAUCGAUCUGAAUUUGCCUGGCGCAUGCUUACUCGGUCGUUCAUGCUAUCCGAUGAUCCCAAGCCUAUGCUUGCGUACUCGCCGAUGUACCAUGCACGUUUGUUCCGUGAACAGUCGCAAAUGCGUUUGCAACAUUUCCACCCUACUCGCGCUGCUAUCAAAGGCGAUGAUACCCCAUAUCUGGACGGAAACCCUGCGAUAGACCGGCCUCUGUUUGUACAGUUCUGCGCGAAUAACCCAGAUGACUUUUUGGAGGCUGCGCGUCACGUAGCGCCAUACUGUGACGCUGUGGACUUGAACCUUGGGUGUCCACAGGGAAUCGCCAGAAGGGGUCAUUACGGUGCCUUCCUCCAGGAGGAUUGGGAUUUGAUUUAUAAACUGAUCAAUAAGCUACAUACUGAACUGGAUGUUCCUGUCACCGCGAAGUUCCGUAUACAGGAGACGAAAGAGAAGACAUUAGAGUACGCAAAGAUGAUACUAUCCGCCGGUGCGAGCAUAAUUACCCUCCAUGGACGCACGAGAGAGCAGAAGGGUCAUAACACGGGUGUGGCGGAUUGGAGUUAUAUUCGUUACCUUCGUGACAAUUUACCCCCGGAGACCGUUAUUUUCGCCAAUGGCAACAUUCUGAACUAUGAAGAUCUGGAGCGCUGCUUGGAAGAGACAGGUGCUGAUGGCGUGAUGAGCGCUGAAGGAAACCUGUCUGACCCAUCCAUCUUCAGUAAACCUCCCCCAGUAGGAAGUGAAGGAAGAGAAUACUGGCGUGGCCGGGAUGGAAAAGGUGGAUACCGGAUCGACGCUAUUUUCCGCCGCUAUCUCGAUAUUAUUUAUAAUUAUGUCCUUGAACAACCGAUUCCUGAGAGGAAGCCUCUCUACCUCCCGUCAGACCCAGAGGAGCCGGAGCAAUUCAUAGAACCCGCUGCCGAGGAAGCCGAGGAGGAAGGACCACCGAAGAAGAGGCAGAAACGCGACAAAACAAAGAGACCUACGUCGCCUAGUCUUGGGGUCAUGCAGGGCCACCUGUUCCAGCUUCUGCGCCCAAUGGUUGCAAAACACACAAAUGUUCGGGAUGCACUUGCACGGUCAAGACCGGGCGACAUGGCUGCCUUCGAGCAUACUCUUGCCCUUACCGAGAAAGCAAUCAAAGAAGGCCUUAAGGAAUAUGAACAAUUCCCAGAGCGCUUUGAGACAUCCGCGAAUCAAGAGCUAACGGGCUCCAAGGCGACGAUUGCUGAAUACGGUAGGCCUUGGUGGAUCUGCCAACCGCACAUCCGGCCGUUGCCCGAAGAAGCCCUAGAGAAUGGUGCGCUCACGGAGAAGGGGAAGAAGCCCAACACGAAGCAAGACAAGCCUAAGUCUGAAGCAUCUGCAGAUAAAGCUGAUACUCCGGCUGCAGAGGCCACCGCUUCUGAAACCCCAACCAACACGGCUACAACACCGGACGCCUUGGUAAGCGGUUAAGAUGUUGCGACAUUUGUUAUCUUGAACCACCUCGACAAAGCAUCCUAUUUAAUUGAAGCGCAUAAACUAUAGACAACCCACCCACUCACUACAAAAGACAUAAUACCCACGACAUUGCACGGUAUAUAGAAUUAGAUCUUUAAGCAUAGCACUGCGAAUCCAAAUAUCAAUUCAUAACAUCAUGGUAUCUAAAAUCAAAACCCUCAACCCAACCCAACCGCAAACACCAAACCCAUGGAUAUAUAACCAAACCGUCUAAAAAUCCAAAACAAGCUGCGGCGCCAUCUUCUCCAAAUCCUCGACCUAAAGUCACCACCCAAGUCAGUAAAAACCUCCCCAACAACCACACCAAAGAAGAACAAACGGAAAAAAGAAAGAAAGA